GUGUUUGUUUUGUUUGCAUUUAAUUGCUUAUUAAUGUUAAUUUAUUGACAAGCGUUCUGCUGAGCCAUGCACAUUGGCCGCUGUGAAAGUCAACCGAAAGCGCAUUAUACUAUUGCUAUAUGAAACGCAUCCGUCGCUGUCGCCAUGUCUGUUUAUAUGUGAUUUAGGUCUCAGUGUAUUAGUGUGUGUAUGUGUGUGUGCUAGAAGACUCUCGCUGCCGUUGCCGCUGUCGUCGCGGUCGCCUGUUUGUACGGCCAAAAGGGCGGGUAAAAGAAAACGGAACGAGGGAACCUCCCUGCAAUUGCAGUUUGCACAACAAUUGACGGCAACAAAAUAACGGAGCACGCCAAGAUGUUUUCAAAAAAGAAGAAGAAACCGCUGAUCUCGAUGCCGAGCAACUUUGAGCAUCGUGUGCACACGGGCUUCGACAAGCGUGAAAACAAAUAUGUGGGCCUGCCACUGCAAUGGGCAUCCAUCGUGGGUAAUAACCAGAUACUCAAGUCCAGCAAUCGCCCAUUGCCGCUGGUCGAUCCUUCUGAGAUCACGCCCACCGAAAUACUCGACCUGAAGACCAUUGUGCGUCCGCAUCACAAUAACAACAAGGCCGACACCACAUCCCUCAACAGCAGCAGCACCAUGAUGAUGACCAAUCAAAGCGGAGCAGCCAGCGGAAUGCAUGGGCCUAUGCCGAGUGGACCGGGUGGCCCGCAAGCACAGCCAGCCAUUGUGCUGCCAAAGACUUCACAUGUGGCACGGUCCAAUUCGCUGCGCAGCUCCAGUCCGCCACGUGUGCGCCGCGUGGCCAAUGUGCCGCCCGCCGUGCCCGAAGAGGAGGGUUCCAUUAUCGGCGUCACGCCCACGCCGACACCAACACCAACGCUGCCCGCGCAUGCCUACAAGCCACAGCAGCCGAUGCCACACAACAUGCUUUAUCCCAGUCAACAUGCGCAUGCGCAUCCUCAUCCACAUGCUCAUCCCAACGGCGGCGGCGCUACCGCUCCGCUGGCUGUGCGCACCGAUCCGUAUCGUGGAGCACCAGGCAUGCAACCACUGCCGCCGCAACAGCAGCAACAGACAUCGCCCGUAAGCUCGGUGGCCAGCGCUACGCGUUCCACGCAUUCGCACCACAACAACAACAACGGACAGAACUAUCCCAUGUAUCCUGCCUCACAGCAACAGCAACAGCAGCAACCAAAACUCGUGGCAGAUCAAAAUCAAAAUCCACAUGUGAAUCACGCCAAGUCAGCGUCUCGCGUCUCCAGCUCCAGUGGGUCGAAUGCAGCCGCAUUGGCUGCCGCUGCCCAGGCACAGGCGCAACCCAAGCAAGAACAACGACUUACGCAUGAGCAAUUCCGUGCCGCACUGCAAAUGGUGGUCUCUGCCGGCGAUCCGCGUGAGAAUCUAGAUCAUUUCAAUAAAAUUGGCGAAGGCUCCACAGGCACCGUUUGCAUAGCCACCGACAAGUCCACAGGUCGUCAAGUGGCUGUGAAGAAAAUGGAUUUGCGCAAACAGCAGCGGCGCGAGCUGCUCUUCAAUGAGGUGGUCAUCAUGCGCGACUAUCACCAUCCCAACAUUGUGGAGACCUACUCCAGUUUUCUGGUCAACGAUGAGCUCUGGGUGGUCAUGGAGUAUCUUGAGGGCGGCGCGCUCACCGACAUUGUCACACACUCGCGCAUGGAUGAGGAGCAGAUUGCGACCGUAUGCAAGCAAUGCCUCAAGGCGUUGGCCUAUUUGCAUUCACAGGGCGUCAUACAUCGUGACAUCAAAUCGGACUCCAUACUGCUGGCCGCCGAUGGACGUGUCAAGCUUUCGGACUUUGGCUUCUGUGCUCAAGUGUCGCAAGAGCUGCCCAAACGCAAAUCGCUGGUGGGCACGCCGUACUGGAUGUCGCCGGAAGUCAUCUCGCGUCUGCCGUAUGGGCCAGAGGUGGACAUUUGGUCGCUGGGCAUUAUGGUCAUCGAAAUGGUCGAUGGUGAGCCGCCAUUCUUCAAUGAGCCACCGCUGCAGGCAAUGCGACGCAUACGCGACAUGCAGCCACCGAAUCUGAAGAAUGCACACAAGGUGUCGCCGCGUCUGCAGUCGUUCCUCGAUCGCAUGCUGGUACGUGAUCCUGCGCAGCGUGCCACCGCCGCUGAACUAUUGGCGCAUCCCUUCCUGCGGCAGGCAGGACCACCAUCGCUGCUGGUGCCGCUCAUGCGCAACUCCAGACAUCACACCUGAGCGCUACGGAGCGGCCACCUGCUUAGCAUUUAGUAUUUUCGAAUCCACUUAAAUGUAGUAUUAUGGGCAUGAGUACAGUCGCCCCCAUUGGCGUUGUACUUGGCUUGGUUUUUAGUUUUUUUUUAUUUGAAAUUUUUUAUACACUUUGGCAAAUGUUACUUAAGCUCCCAAACAAAGCGCCGCAUUCCAUUUUGAGACACUCAUACUCACACACUCACACACUCACACACACACACACAUAUACUGUAAAGUCAUAGUCCCGUUUUGUAAUUUGUUGUUGUUUCUGUUUCAUAAAUAUUAGAAUGAUCGCAAUGUGCCUUUCUCGAAGCAAAACCAACAAAGCUGGAAUAUAGCAUAAUAUUUAUAAACCAUAUACUAUAAAUAUAUGUAAGCUCUGCGCCGCGCCAUUAUUAAUGUUAUUAAUUAUUAUAGAGCGCAAUCUAACCAUAUCUAUAUCUAUAACUAUAUAGGAAUAACAAUUCCACUUGGCAACAUCGAAGAAUCUUAUGAAAUUUUCAACUGCAUUUUUGUCCGCUCUCUGUUUGUGUUUGUUUCUAAUAUGUAUUUAAUAUAUCAUAUGUAUUUCUUUUGAUCGUAGUCCAGAGAGCGCAUACAUAUUGUUCGAAUAUACAAACAUAUAUAUUUAUAUAUAGCUUAAGUUGGCAAACAACGAAUAUGCAACUAGCAUAUAAUUUAACAACAAUUAUUGUAAGCAGUUGAGAGACCCCAUUUAUGGUCCUGUAUACAAAACUUAUGUAGACAUCUGUACAUAUAUAAGCUUCUUUUUAAUGUACUUAUUGUUGACGGUUGGUUUAUAACUGUAACAUAGUUUCUAGACAAUUAUUUAUGCCAAUUGAUCAUGAAUAAAUUGCUCGAUUUUGCAACCGCAUGCAUUCCCCCCCGAAACACCCGAAAUUGCCCGCAUAAACUUAAAUAU